CUCUCUCUCUCUCUCUCUCUCUGUCUCUCUCCCUCCAACCAUGGCAUUCGACACAAAGACAUCCAAUUCCAAGGCCGAAGAAGACAACCAAAGGCGGAUCGACCGUGAGAUCAAAGAUAUGGUCUCGACACUCACCCAACGCCUCACUGACCUCCAGUCCAAGUCCAAACAACUUUUGGGCGAUUCCUCCCACAUCGACGGCGAUGACGAGCAUGGCAUAAGAGUCGUCACUCUCGCAGGGAACAACACUGGUGCUACCAUGCGGGCUGAUCUAGGCGAGCUGCUUGAUGGCCACGGUGUCGAUCCUCAUGAGUUGCUGGGCGCAUACACGAACAGCAAUUAUCAGGCCGUGAACAACUCGAUCAUGAUGGACGGGAGUUACUCGGCUGAGGACCCGGGCGUGCAUGUGUUCAUCUCCGACUAUGUUGAAGAACAUGACCAGGGCAUGGAAGAGCUUGCUAAGAUGAAGGAGAGGAAGAAGAAGAAGGGACAUUCCAAGUCCACCAAAGAGAACUCAUCGGACAAGGAUUAUGAAAAAAAAAGUGACGUGGAAGCACUAAACUAAUUUAUACUUGUCUGUGAAAAUGGGUACUUGAGUUUUUAAAUUUAGGCCGCGUUUGGAUGAACCAUUGAGUUGGAUUAUGAUAAUUUAAUAAGAAUUGCUAUUAUGUUGCUUUUAAGUUGGACUUGAAAGGAAUGUAAGUGCAAUUCCACGGCUACUUCCUCAGUGGGUAGGCAGGAAAUGUCAUUGAGAUUCGGUCAUUUCCUCUUUAAUAGACUGAAAAUUAUCGUAACGUUUGGAUUGGGUUUUGCAUCCAAACGAGGUCCUGAAUACUGAUACUGUUAAGCCAGUAAUAUUUGGAUUCAUGUAUCGUCUAUUAUGAUGACUUGAAAGCUAGUUUCUUAUUAUGAUAUGCCAAUAGUGCUGUUACAAUGGUCUUUGUUUUA